UGAUGGAAGUGAAAGAGGAGAGUCAAGCUGAAGUGGAUGAGAAACAUCAGAUUGUAAAAAUAAACCAUAAUGUUUCACAGAAAGAAACUCUGAAGAAAGAAGACAUAAAGUGUGAAAAUAGUUUCAGUGAAGAUGAACGCCCUGCAGAUCACAAGAGGACUCACAGUGAAGAGAAACCUUUUGAAUGUCAACAGUGUGGAAAGAGUUUCACUUUUCAAUCGAACCUUAGCCGGCACAAGAAAGGUCAUAGUGGGGAAAAGCCACACGCGUGCCAGCAUUGUGAAAAGAGUUUCCCAGAUAGAAGUCAACUUAAGAUGCACAUGAGGUCUCACACAGGAGAGAAACCUUACACUUGUCAACAGUGUGGAAAGAGUUUCACCCUUAAAUCGAGCCUUAGCCGGCACAUGAAAGCUCACAGUGGGGAAAAGCCACACGCCUGCCAGCAUUGUGAAAAGAGUUUCCCAGAUAGAAGUCAACUUAAGAUGCACAUGAGGUCUCAUACUGGAGAGAAACCACACGCAUGUCUUCAGUGUGAAAAGAGUUUCAGAGAUAAACGUGGACUUAAGGCUCACAUGAGAAGUCACACUGGAGAGAAACCUUACAUAUGCUCUCAGUGUGGAAAGAGUUUUUCAAUCAAACAGACUCUUAAGACACACAUGAAAGUUCACACUGAAGGAAAACCGUUCACUUGUCAUCACUGUGGAAAGGGUUUCAGAAGAAAAGCUCAACUUAACAUACAUUUGAGGAUUCACACUGGAGAGAAACCAUACGUGUGUCAACAGUGUGGAAGGAGUUUCACAGUUGAAUGUACCCUUAAGAUACACAUGAAAACUCACAGUGGGGAAAUGCCACACGCGUGCCAUCAUUGUGAAAAAAGUUUCCCAUAUAAAAAUCAACUUGAGAGACACAUGAGGUCUCACACUGGAGAGAAACCACAUGUGUGCCGUCAGUGUGGAAAGAGUUUUACAACUGUAAGUGUCCUUAAAAGACAUUUGAGAAUUCACACUGGAGAGAAACCUUACACGUGUCAGCAGUGUGGAAAGAGUUUCACCUUUCAAACGAACCUUAACUGCCACAUGAAAACCCACGUUGAGGAAAAGCCACACGCGUGCCAUCACUGUGACAAGAGUUUCCCAGAUACAAGUAAACUUAAGAUACACAUGAGGUCUCACACUGGAGAGAAAUCGUUCACUUGUCAUCACUGUGGAAAGGUUUUUUUAGAAAAACGUUACCUUAAAGCACACGUGAUGAUUCACACUGAAGAGAAAGCACACGGGUGCCAUCACUGUAAAAAGAGUUUUAUAACUGCAUAUAAACUUAAGAUACACAUGAGGACUCACACUGGAGAGAAACCAUUCAUUUGUCAACACUGUGGUAAGAGUUAUACAAUGAAAUGUAACCUUAGUGCACAUGUGAGAGAGUUUCAUAAGAAAUCAUCAUCACCUUAAUGAACACCUAAGAAUUCACAAUGUCUGUACUUGUGUUCUUGUGGACUUGUGAAACCUCAUCGGUUGCGGCCCAAGUACUGUUCCAAUUCCAAGUUCACAUCAAGUCAAGUUCACAUAACAUCUCAGGAUAUGUUUUGAUUAGGGAUGCAGGGAUUUUUCAUGGGCGGUUUUUAUACCGAUUUUCUUAAAAGCAAAUUGGCCGAUUCCGAUUUCCGAUUUUUUAUUUCUUAUCAAGCAACAAACCAGAAAGAAUGAAGUAUACAUAAACAAUAUGUUUAUUUGGUAUUUAACAGGCUAAACUUGGUUUGCCUAUUGAAAACAAUAACUGUAACCAUCUAAAAUAGAAAACAGCAGUAACUGUGCAGUAGGAUACAUUUAAUACAAACAUAAGGGGUUAAAUGAGACCAUGACAUGGAUGGUUGAGUGAGGGUUGAAUGUUUUGCCUGUUUUGCAUUAUCAACAGACUUUUGAUACUUAUUGUGUUCUAUCAGGUGAUGAACUUAAAUGUCUGACCAAGUUUGUUGUGGUGAAUGCAGGGCUCUCAGGUUUUAUUUUAAAGUUUGGAGUGAGAUAACAUCUGUUAGGGGAGGAGCCCCUCUAUGGGGUUCCGGAUGUGUCAAAAUAAUGUGGUCUGCUUUAUACAAUACAUUUGUAUAUGUCCAUUGAAAUUGUCUGUAUAUGUCGUCUGUUUACGGACGUCGUCCUCCCUGUCGUCUGAAUAUGUCGUCUGAAUAUGUCGUCCUCCGUGUCGUCUGUAUAUGUCGUCUGAAUAUGUCGUUCUCCCUGUCGUCUGUAUAUGUCGUUCUCCCACCUGUCCAAUGCUCGUGUUAAUGUCGCCCUGUUCAGCUUUGCCUUUAAUGAAGUGUCUAUUCAAGAUAGCAUCCAUUAGCAAACACG